UACCCUCUUUACAUCCGCAGCGCCCCCACAGAGAAUGAGCUGAAGUUCCACUACAUGGUGCACACGUCCCUGGACGUGGUGGAUGAGAAGAUCUCCGCGAUGGGGAAGGCCUUGGUGGACCAGAGGGAGCUCUACCUGGGCCUGCUGUACCCCACAGAGGACUACAAGGUAUACGGCUACGUGACCAACUCCAAGGUGAAGUUCGUCAUGGUGGUGGACUCCUCCAACACGGCGCUUCGAGACAACGAGAUCCGCAGUAUGUUCCGGAAGCUGCACAAUUCCUAUACAGAUGUGAUGUGCAACCCUUUCUACAACCCUGGGGACCGUAUUCAGUCCAGUCGGUCUGUGUUUCUUUGCAGGGCCUUUGACAGCACGGUGACGUCUAUGAUGAUACAAGUGUGUUGAGCCAGAACUCAGCGGCCGUUGCUCGAAGACAAGCGCUGUGUAUAUAAGCCAUCGUCCAGAUGGAUGUUUAUCAUCCCGUGCCUGUUCCUGAGCGUCCCUGCCGCUGGGGGCAAGGCCUCGGGCACGGUGCGUGGAGACUAAAGGUCUUCUG